UUGAGUUCCCAAUCGAUUGAGGCCCAAAAGUCUACGAACCACCAGAUAAGCUUACGUAGACAGAACCUGCUUGUUUUUGGGUAUGCCAUGUCCAUUUACCGAAAGUAGCACGAAAUUUCCAUACACCAGCUCUCCCAUGGCCAACGUCUUCCUCACUUUAUCUCCCGUCUUUCUCUCUCCCCUCUCCGCUUCUCGUCACCGCCACUUCGAUUUAAACGUUCUGAAUCGGAGGCGUAUGGGUCCUAUAACGACUCGGGCUCUGGGAGCUGAUAAGAUUGGUGACUUUGGGGCUAGAGACCCAUUCCCGGCCGAGGUAGAGAGUGGGUUUGCAGAUAAGGUUUUGGGGAAUUUUGGCACGGAGCAUAAGAUUCUUAUCCCCCAAGUCUCUGCUCUUUCUCUGGCACAGCAGGAUUGUACUUCCAUAUCUCCUCUGCAGCCUCCCAUUUCAGUCGAUGAUGCCCAGAGACUGUUGAAGAAGAUUCUUGGCUGGAGAUUGUUGGAUGAAGAGGGUGGACUUAAACUACAAUGUUUGUGGAAGCUUAGAGAUUUUCAGUGUGGAGUGGAGCUUAUCAACAGGAUUUAUAAGGUUACGGAAGCAGCAGGGCAUUUCCCAAAUCUCCACUUAGAGCAGCCCAACCACGUUAGAGCUGAAUUAUGGACUGCUUCCAUUGGAGGCUUGAGCAUGAAUGACUUCAUUGUUGCGGCUAAAAUAGACGAGAUAAAGACGUCGGAUCUUGCUCCCAGAAAAAGGAUUUGGGCAUAAGUGCAAAUCCUACAAUACCUGUUUCUUUUAAUCUUUGGGUUUUUCCUAUCCAACAACCACAGAUGGCUCAUCAUUCUUUGUAAGCAUUGUGCACAAACGGAUUCAAUAAGAUCGUUUUCGUCUUCCUCGAA